UUAACUAUCGUUAUGGAAGUAAUAAAAGUGUCGCCGGCGAGAAGCGAGGCUUCUUCUUCGCAACCCAUAUCUUUGGUGGAAUCAAGACAAUCUCCACUACAAAUCGAAUCAAGUCGAGGGAUUUUGGAAGAGAGCUAAACGAACGAGCAAAAAUAAAAAUUCAAUUUUGAUUGUUGUGAAUGGGUAGAUGGAGAGCAGUUGCUGCUCUUCUUCUUCGUAAUCAAAUAGUCAAUUCUUCAAAGCCUUUUCCAUGUGUUUGGAGACACCCGGCGCUUGGUUCCCAUCGAAGCCAAGCUUCUCGUUUGCUUGAUUUCCGACACUUUUCAGCUUUCCCUUCUCCGAUUUCGAUUUACAACAAUGACUCUGAUUCUGGGUCGGGUGAUGUAUACCAAAACUACGAAUUUGGAACCAAGGAAGAGGAAGACAGAGGGAAGAUACCUAUCAAAGCCUAUUUUCUCAGUACUAGUAUUGAUUUGAAGGGAAUGCAAGCUGACAACUUAUGCAAUGUUGUUCCUCCUACCUCACGGUCUACUAAUUCUAUUGCCCUCAAAUUUUCUGAUUCUUCUUCUCGAAUCCCUGCGCUAGACGAGAGGGAGAGUGUAAGCAGCUGCCGGUUCAUGGUUGUCUUUCAAUACGGUUCUGCUGUUCUUUUCAAUGUUGAUGACGAUGACGUUGAGUCUUAUCUCGACAUUGUUCGUAGACAUGCUUCUGGGUUGCUUACAGAAAUGAGGAAAGAUGAUUAUGCUGUGAAGGAGAAGCCUUUGUUGACUGAGGAAAUGCGAGGUGGCCCUGACUACAUUGUUCUCAAAACUUUGGAUACUGAUAGCAUCCGUAUUAUUGGGAGCGUUCUCGGGCAAAGUAUUGCAUUGGAUUACUUUGUUUCUCAGGUUGAUAAGUUGGUAGAAGAGUUUGCUGGUAUAAACCGCGCAAUGGAGAAAACCGGAACUUUCACCAUGCACAGGAAAAAGCUCUUCCAACUUGUAGGGAAGGCUAAUUCUAAUUUAGCUGACGUGAUUCUCAGAGUUGGUUUGUUUGAUAGAUCCGAGAUUGCUUGGAGAGAGGCUAGAUAUGCUCAGAUAUAUGAGUACCUUAGAGAAGAGUACGAGGUCACUCAGAGAUUCGGGAAUCUAGACUUUAAGCUGAAGUUUGUAGAGCACAACAUUCAUUUCCUCCAAGAGGUGAUGCAGAACCGACGAUCAGAUCUUUUAGAAUGGUGCAUUAUCUUCUUACUGACCCUUGAAAACUCUUUAUCUAUUUACGAGAUUGUUCGAGAAUCCACAGGAGCUUCACUCUGAUGCUACAAAUCAUUGUAGAGUACUCAAAAAGGAAUUCUUUAUUACUCUCAAGUGUAGUUCAUUUGUUUUGAUUCUCAGUUUACAUCUGUAAUAAAAUCAACUUGAACUAGCUAGUUAACGCUGCUUAUGUCAAAUUACGGUUUCGGAAACUAAGAUCAAAUACAAAUGUUAUGGUU